UGGCUGGCUGUUAUCUGUCCGAUAUCUACCUCUGCACAGACCACCAUCAGCCGAGCUCCUAUAUAUUUGAGCUGUUCCCCAGAUUCCUGUCUAUAUUGUCCCCCCGCCUUCUUGUCUAUAAAAUACAUUUUUCCAUCUCUUUUUCACCAUGGCUAUCCAUCCUUUGACACACACCACGGCCGCCAUGAUUAGAAACGUCCCACACAUUUCUUCUCAGACCUCAAAGAUUUCGUUGCAGUCUUGCCUGACGUUCAACAGCGUCUUCCAGCAGCCUGGCAGCAGCUGCGCUGCUGCUACUGUCGGCACAUCUUCGCCUGUCUCUCUGAAUUCGCCUGUCGAUCACCAGCACCAGCCGGUUGCCAAGAGCGUUGCUCCACGCAGAAAGAGCAGUGGUGGAAGAGCCGGCAACAGCGGCAACGGGUCUCACCACCAGAACAGUGGUAACGGCAACAGUAACGGUUCCAGCCACCAGCAACGCAGAAACUUCCACAUUUCCUCCCAGCACUACUCAACCUCCGGAAGCACAAGAACAGCCGCCAGUGCCUCCUCCGCUGCCGGCAAGGGAGCUUCUGCCGCUUUGCCUGAUUUCCAGAAGCUGACCAAGGGUGUUCCAAAGCACACGUUGCCAUACUUCAAACAGUUGAUGGCAUUUGACGAAUGUCUUGCACACAACUCGUUUUUUGAUCCCAAGACGGGCGACGUCCCGGGCGGAACCGCCCAAUUCUGGGACUCUGUUGAGAAGAUCAUGCCUCUAUACGACGACCUUUUGAUCACCGGCGAGCUCAACCAGAGAAGAAUCGACGAGUUGAUCUCUCUGCUCAGAAACGGGUUGAGAAUGCACAGGUUUGAAUUGUCUAAGUUGAAGAAAAACAUCGAUCGUGACUUAAACUCUCCAUUGCAGCAGAUUCAGGCCUACUUGAAGAACUCGAUCAUCAAGAUCAGUAACGAUAUUGUGCACGAGAGUGACGAGUCGAACAGCAACAAGCUAUAUUCUGCUGCGGCAGUCAACAACGUCAGAAUCAGCUCAAGAGGAUUGACGAACCUCUUCAAGGCCUUCACUGACAUGGGCUUGAUCGAUGAGGCGGCGGUCAUCUGGAACAAGGGUAAAAAGGACCCAAAGCUAUACGACUUGUUUACGUCGGAAUCCGUGCUCGGCUCCAUCCUCACGUUGUUGGUCGAGAACAAGGAGUUCAACUUCCAGGAGAUCUGGUCGAUCUACGAGACAAUCAAGAACUCCAAAACCGAGAACGACAUCAUUCACAGCGAGUUGCAGGUUGCCAUGAUCAGAGCGUGUUUGUUGAAAAACAAGACCGAAAAGGCGUUGGAAAUUUUCAAGGAAAUCACCUCCGACGUCUUGAAGUUCUACUCCAGGAAGAACUCCUCGCCUCCCGUCGCUGUCAAGAACUACAUGACCAUGGCGCACUUGUCCUUCAUCGGCUACUGCCAGGACUUUGAGACUGCGAACAUCUUCUUCAACGACUCUUUCGAGAACCAGAUGCCAUAUUUGACCCCGAUCCAGAUCAACUACGUCAAGAAGUUCAUGAGUAACACGUGGAAGAACACCAAGGAUUUCGACAAGGUGAGUCAGAUCUGGAUCUCCACAUGGCAGUACUUCGAAAGCAACAACAAGUCGACCACGGCCAUCUCCUCGUCGCUGAACGACGCGUACUUGGACAUCUUCUUCGAGAAGUACAGCAGCUUCAACAACGACGCUGCGCUCGAGUUGAAGAAGUUGUUGAAGAACUACUCGGAGAUCAAGAAGAUGGACGAGCCGUUCUUCAACUGCUUGAUCACCAAGUCCAAAAGGUGGGAAAACGUGAACGUGUUCCAGUCGAUCGUCAAGGUCGCCGACUUGUACAACUUCCCCAAAACAAACGUCUACCACAGAUGUGUUCUGAAGGCAUCGGGCUCUGUCGAGCUGCCGAUCGAAGAGACCUUCGCCUUGUUCAAGCGGCUCAUCUCCUCGAACAUCCAGCUCGGCUCCAACCACCUAACCAACGCCGACUGGUUUGCCUUCAGAGACGCCACCAUCCACUCGAAGUUCCUCAACGGCGAGAAAAUCGACCUCUACUUCAAAUUAUUCAAGGUUUGCUGCAAGUACUUCCUCAACUUGCAGAACUUCAAGUUAUACAUGAACCUGGACGUUGGCUUGGACCAACGCUAUCGCAAAGUCUUUGACGAGUUUCAAAGAAUCAAUGUGCAAGACGUCGACCUCAACGAGUUGCAGUGGUUCAACAAGUGCAACGCCAUUGCCAAGUACUGGGGCAACCGUGGCGUCGACAUCUAGCUGGGUGGGUUCACGGGUUUUUUAUUUUCCUUAUUUAUCAUUAUCAUCUUUACGUUACGUUACGGCAACAGUUCAUUACUGUCAUUUUUCUGGGUUUUCCUUUUUUUCUAGUACUAGCACUAUUAUUCUUCUCCUCUUCUUCUCUUUCUCUUUCCCAUUUGGGCCGGUACUGCUACCAUCGACCGUCCAUCUAUACCUUUAUAUCUCCUUACCUCUAUCUAUCUACUUAACUAUUAUUCGUUUUCAACGAGCCUCCACGCCCAUCGACCCGGGACAGGCUUUUGCGCCCUUUUCUUCUUUUUUCCCUCUUUUUUCCCUCUUCCCCUUGGCCAUUUUUCGCCCUUUUCGCCUUUUUCGCCCUUUUCCCUCUUUUUUGCGAUUUUCCGUCUUUUUUUGUCUCCCGUGUC